AUGACAUUUGGCUCGCAACUCGACCCAUCGCAUUCGUCGUAUUUCCCCAAUGUGACAGGUUUUAUUCGCGGGGAUGUAAACUACCACAACGUCACUCUUCCCAGCCUCUCUCAUCCCAAUACCUCAGACCUCGCAUGGGCGUCCCUGGCCCGGACCUACAUGGCUGAUCCUAAUAUGACUGAAGUACUACAGAAAAUAGGGCCAUGGAAUUGGUCCGGUUCAGAAAAGAUUCCUUGGAGUUUGAUGGCUCGCACCCCUGUGGAAGUCACUGCGGCGAAUAACGCAUCAGCGAGAAUAGCGAUGGUUCAUGGCAGAAUUGAUCUCGUUGAUCCUAAAAAUGUAGAUGAUAUGAGACUUGAUUUCGAAGGCGUCCAUAUCAUAGGAAACGGUUCUAUCUAUUAUCUAUGGGUUUGCAGAGCCAAUCGGGUAAUAUCUCUUAUUUACCAGAUACCCGAGGGCUACCAAAACGCCACAGCACACGCUGUAGAACCUGAAAUUGCUUCAAGGAUCAACAAGCUAAAGACUAUGAUCGAUCAAGGUAUCAUAGACCAAGACAGCAACAACGAUGACAACAGCGGCAAAUCAAAAUGCGGAUUCACCCUAUAUUCUCAGAUAGAGCCAUCUCAAGUUCCAGAGCAGCUCAUGGAUGAGCUGGAAGAAGAACUACAGAGACCCACUGGAAAAUGGACUGUCAAGUCUCCCAAGUUGACUCUCAACGGUGUACUACUAAGCAAGGAACGUGGCAUUCUUUACCAUAUCAACAAUACUGAGGGUUUGAGGUCUCGCACUUUCUUCCGCAAAGUUACAACCUAUGCCGGGACGGCAGCACUCGCCUACUUCGUUCUUCUCGUUCUUCUUUCUCCCAUAGUGGACGCCGUCUCGUUUGCAGGACAUAUUGCAUUUGCCAUCCUCGCUGAUGGGCGGCCAUCGCUUUCACUUGUUGCCCCUGCGUUCUUAGCUUGCAUGCUGUUCGCUUAUGAAGCGCAAUUCUCCAUUCUCAUCAAUCAAGUACAAGCCCCAGAAGAUGUCGUACCAGCUCCUUCUCCCAUUCGUCAAACUCCACCUUCACCUCAGGAGGAUUCUAGUUUACCUACGCAGGCACCACAGGCAGCCCCUCCCACUCCUUCCGUUCCUUCUGAACCCAGCUUCUUCCGCCUCUUCAUGCAACAUCUGCGUUCUGAUCCCCAGGCUCGCAUCUGGUUAGGGAUGUUUUUCUUCCUCACUUUCGUCGUUCGCGUCAUCGUUACACCUUCAUUGGCACUGUUUUUCGUCGGUACUAUGUACUCGUCGUUCUGGUUGCCACAAAUCGUGCGGUCCGUUAGACGGAGCAGGAGUAGCGCAUUAAGCAAGGAGUACUUAAUCCCGGCCGAGCAGAGCUAG